AAUUUUCAAAUACAAGUUGAUAUUUAAAAUCUGCCAUUACAAAAUUACAAUGGUUCAGUAUUAUAAUUAAUUAAAUCAGUCAUAAAAAUAAUUCUAAGGAUUAUAGUAUUUUAUUAUUAGUACAGCACGGAUGGUGCCACUUGCAACAAUUGUACAUAUUUAGGAAGAAUGAAUGACUAAUGUAAUCAAAACCGAAUCUCACUAUAUUGAAUGUGAUACGUAAUUUUUAAUCUUCUACUGUUGCCGUCAUAAAACAUAUAUCUAUGGGUACUAAUAGAUAAAAUUUCAUUAAGCUCAUAUGUCUGUCUGUCUAUUCUUCCAUCUAAUGCCUAAUAUUUAGGACCGAUUGUGACGGUACUUUCACAUGCAGAACUCUGGCAACCAUGCAUCUUUCAAUAUACAUUCUUGCCAGCGUCUUCUACCUCACCACAGGCCACUACAGAGGGUAUGAAUCCAGGAAUCUCAUCGUGAGAGAGGAACCUUUUGAUCUGGAGGGUCUGGUGGAGUGUCCUGUCUGCCAAUACCAGGUCAGCUGGCUGCCAACCCGAGAAGUCUGCAACAUCACCAUAGGCAAUAAGAAAUACAAGAGAUGCAGAAUGGGGAAUUACACCAAUACUGUUUGCGGCAAUCGUCUCGACUGCUUCAGGGGCCCCGGCGAGCAAUGCACUGAGUCGAUGGAGAACGAUUACUACGGACAAAAAUGCGCUCGCGGUUACGACUGUGAUGGCACCUUCCAUGUAUGCACUGGUUACGGUUACACUAUCAACAGUCACAUGCGUUGGCUGCUCAACCACGUCUCCCGCUAUCCCGGCAACCAAAACGAUGAACAGCUCCGAGAAAAAGCACUCUAUCUGGCGUAACUCGCUCAUCAAUACGUCGAACCGAACUUCCGAAUGACAGAAAAUUGCUCAAUAAAUAAAACUGAUUGAAACUUGG